AUGAAAAAUAACUUAAUAAAUAAUUAUUUUGUACUCUUAUUAUUUUAUAUAUUUUUAUUAAAAAUUAAAGAUGUAAAGUUAUCUACUGAUACUAGUAGUAUUCAUGAUACAAUCUCUGAUUCAGAUAUUAACUUAUUAUCAAUGGAAGAUAUUUCUCUCCUAUGUACUAAUGUUGAACAUCUACUAGAUAAUGAGAAAAAUAAAAUAUAUUAUUUACUUAUUUCUUAUAAAAAUUAUAAUGAUCAUUCUGUUGAAGAUGAAUCAAAAAUUAAUGAAUGUAUACAAAAACUUCAAAAUGAGAUUAGUGUAGAAUCAGAAAUUGAUUUAAAACUAGAUUCAAUGGAAUUAUUAAAAGUUCCUGUGAAAAUGCCAAAAUUAUUUGUAUUUGAAGUUCAUCCUAUAUUACAACUACCAGUUCAACCUCUUAAAUAUGUAGCAAAAUCUAUUCAAAUGAGUAAUAUUAGAGAAGAAGAUGUAACAAUCCCUUUGAAAGAUAUAGAUAUGAAAGAAUAUGAAAAUAAUGAAGAAUAUAAUACAAUAACCGAUACAAUUUCUGAUAUAAAAACAGAAUCGUCAAUAUCUAGUAAUAGUGAAGAUAAUCAAAGUGAAAAUAAUUAUAGAGGAGUUGGUAGUGAAGGUAGUUUUAUUUUGGAUGGUAGUAGUAAUUCUAUUCUAUCAUCAAUUCCAUCAAUUCCAUCAAUUCCAUCAAUUCCAUCAAUUCCAUCAAUUCCAUCACUCCCAUCACUCCCAUCACUCCCAUCACUCCCAUCACUUCCUUAUGACACAGAUCAUAGUAGUGCUUUAAAUAGUCAUAGAGAUAGUUCUAUAUAUUCACCAUUAACGACUGAUGUAUCUGAUUAA